AUGUGACAUCUUCCUCGAGCCUGGAUCUCGGUGGGGGUUCACCGAUUUUACUAGAAGGCACCACUAAGCAAUGCUGGAUGAGGCGUAGGAUGAUCUUUAAGUUUGGUCUGACUGUCAUCGUUGUCAUCGCUGUUUGUAUGUUCUAUCUGAUCCAUCAACAGAAUGAUGAACUUAUCCCAGAUCAGUUCUCAGAAAAUGACAGCAUUGUUGGAAAUCAGCCAGGAAAAACUGCAGAGAUCAGUGCUGAAGAAAAAUUAAGAAAGGCUGUACUAGAAAAAAAAGCCAAGAGAUGGAGAGAGAGCAUCCACCUUUCUAUUGUUGUUUGUGGUGACCGUGGUAACGAGUCCAUCAUUCUCAUCAAGUCUGCCAUCCUCUUCACAAAAAGCUACAUCAUCAUCCACAUCUUCGCUGAAGAUGAUCUUCAUUCCUCAUUACAACAACAGCUUGCAUCAUGGCCAAGUACAGCUAGAAGCAAAUUUGAAUACCACUUGUAUAGUAUAAUCUUUCCCGACCCAAAUAAUGAAUGGAAGAAACUUUUUAAACCUUGUGCCUCUCAACGACUUUUCAUUCCAUCACUCUUAACCAAUGUAAAUGCUGUGCUGUAUGUUGAUACAGAUAUUUUAUUUCUGUCUCCUCUGGAGGAAAUCUGGUUUCAUUUUACCCGGUUCAACAGUACACAGCUGGUAGCUUUGGCUCCAGAUAGUGAAGACAGACAUACUGGCUGGUACAAUAGAUUUGCCAGGCACCCAUAUUAUGGAGAAUUUGGGGUCAAUUCCGGUGUAAUAUUGAUGAAUUUAACAAGGCUUCGAAACUCAACUUGGCUUCCAUCCAUUGUGAACUACUACAAAGAAUACAAACUGAAAAUAACCUGGGGAGAUCAGGAUCUCAUUAACAUCUACUUUCACUUUCAUCCAGAUGAGCUUUAUGUUUAUCCAUGUGAAUGGAACUACAGACCUGACCACUGUAUGUACAUGAGUGUGUGUACGGGCGCAGAACGAAGUGGGGCAUAUGUACUUCAUGGUAAUCGACGAGCAAUGCAGAAUGAUGAACAACCUGCAUUUAAAGCUGCUUAUUUAGCCUUUAAAGAAUAUGAUUUCCAUCAGCAGAUGAAGAUAUCUCUACUUCCUCCUCUUCGGGAGAAACUCGAGGCGACAUCCAAGACCCCAUGUGGACGUGUCAGACAUAUAUUUUUAACCAGAGUUGCUCAAUUUGUUAAUCAUGCUGAGAAAUGACUCACUUGAUUCUGAAGAAAUGGUUGCAAGGCUGGCUGUUAUCACAGAUUUUUUUAAAUUUAAAAAAAAAGAUCAAUAAUAAGAGGUUUCCCUUCCAGUGGUAUGGGCAUAAACAAAAGAUAAGUUGGGGUAGUAGCAUGAAAAUCGAC